ACCUUCGCUCAUGUGUUACAUCCAAUAAGUAACAUGCACAUUAGAAGGUCUAAAUUUCAAUAACUUGCCAAUUCUUAACUCGUUGUAAGUAGUUUUGCACAUUGAAAAAUUAAUUGAUUUAUAUUUUACCAUUAUUCGUUACCAAGUGAAUUUAUUUUGAAGGUUUACCCGGAUGUGAUCGGAUUGUUUUAUGUCUAGUUUAGUUGUUUAUGGGUCCGUCUCCCAAUUUCGCUGUUGCCGUGUGUCCACUGUUUCCUGUUAGCAAUUCCUACUAUACUGAUCAACGAACAAGAAAAAGACGACCUCCACCACGUCCAUGGCAAUUUAUCUUUUCUCCUUAUGUAAACCCAUCACUCAUUAAAAAUUCCGCUUAAAAGGAAAAAGCGAUCCGUCCCCUCGGCUGGGUUUUCAGUGAAUGUGUACAACAACUAUCCAGAGAAUUUAGGGGCAGCUCUAUACCGAGAGUCAUUUGACUUCAACGCAGAGCCACCUUGGGAUCCUAGUUGAUAGUGGACAAGUUCAUCUUAGGACUUAUCCAUCUUGUUGCAAAGCUCUAGGACCCCAGGGGCUCAGCAGCUCAGUCGCAAUACUACCUCAAAUUAGCCGCGUUCUUUAUGCCUGUGGGAUUUGAGCAAAUUGGAGAAGAAAAUGAAGGGCUUCGCUAAAGAACAGCAGUAUUCUGUCAGCCUGCUGGAGGGAGGCACAAUGCUCCUCGAUGUCACUGACAACCUUAUUUAUGGACAAAACCUGUCUGAGAAGAAUGCAUUCUUUGUGGCAGACCUUGGUGUUGUAAUGAGGCAACAUGUUCGCUGGCGAACACACAUGGCCCAAAUUCGACCCUACUACAAUGUCAGAUGUAACAGCAGUUCAGCUGUUAUUGCGGUUCUUGCUGCUCUUGGAAGUGGAUUUAUUUGCAACAACAAGUCUGAACUGGAGCUGGUGCAAGGCCAUGGUAUUCCUUCUGAAGACAUCAUCUACAGUAGUUUCUGCAAACAGGUCUCUCACAUUAAAUAUGCUGCUAAGAAUGGCAUCGACCUUCUGGUGUGUGACAAUGAAGCUGAGCUACGCAAGAUUUCACGCUCUCACCCCAAUGCCAAGCUGCUGCUGCAGGUUUCAACACAGGCAUCAAACCUGGAUGAUGACAUAAGCAUGACAAUUGGCUGCUCCCUGAAGGACUGCAGGCGUCUCCUGGAGAAGGCAAAGGAACUGAGUGUUCAGGUUGUUGGAGUCAGAUUUCACAUUUCUCACUCCUGUGAGGAUGACCAGGUCUACGUCCAUGCCAUCUCAGAUGCCCGCUGUGUUUUUGAUAUGGGAGAGGAAAUUGGGUUCAACAUGAAAAUCCUUGACAUUGGAGGAGGCUUUAGUGUCACUGAGGCUCAGCUGGUGCAGGUCAACGUUGCCAUCAUGUCAAUGGUGGACCUGUACUUCCCACCUUCUACUGGAGUUUCUAUCGUUGCUGAGCCUGGGAGUUUCUUUGUCACCUCUGCUUUCACCUUGGCUGUUAACAUCAUCUCCAAGGACAUGGAUCCCCUGGAUCAGCAGGAUCAAGAUCUGUCGCCAAAUGAAGAGCCAGAGUUUCAGUACUACAUAAAUGAAGGAGUUUAUGGAACCUUUUCCAGUAAACUUUCAGACACAGUGAUUGUGGCUCCAUCUGUUCACAAAAACAUCUCCCUGGAUGCUCCAGUGUUCAGCAGCCGUCUUUGGGGUCCAUCUGGGGAUGACCUGGACCUCGUGGUGGAGCACUGUUUAUUACCUGAGCUCAACAUUGGUGACUGGCUCCUGUUCAGCCAUGCUGGGGCCUACAGCCUCGGUCAGCCUCUUUGCACCACAUCUGACUCACCACCACCCCCUGUAUACUUUGUCAUCUCCUCGAGAGACUGGUUUGAAUUUCAGGAAAAUUGCAGUAUCCAUGAGGCUACACUGAAGAACUUUUCCUUGGUCCCUUAUUGCUUCAAUUCCUGCCAUCCAGAGGCUGCUUUCUCUGUCCCAGCUUAGCAGUCGUUGGCCAGACCACUGGGUUCUGCUGCUAGCUUUGUCUGGUCUACAUUCCACUGAGAUGAACUGUAAAAACAGUGCUUGAACCUGCUGGGACUGGAUCAAGUUGAUGUUGAAACCUUAAAUGUGUAGUGUAUUAUGUGAUUACAACUGUUAGCUUUCAGUAGCAUGGAAGAAAAUUAAGUCAUAAAAAGUCAAAUACAGAUUUUAUUAAGCUUUUGGCAUUCAGCUAAAGAUAUUACAUUCUGUAGAAAUGUAGAUUAGAAAAUUCAUGAUCCAGUUUGACAAAAGAGGUGUCUCCAUUGCUGCUGAUAGUAUUGUACAGAAAUGUAUAUCCUGAGUGAAGAAGUGUAUUUAAACAGAAUCCUCUUUAAGACCUCUGUGCUUCGUCCCAGAAUGUACUUUUAUUAUUUGAACUGAUACCACAGAUUUUAUUAUAGUUAAAUAAAUUAUUCCUUUAUCAAAUUUCAAUUAAAUUAUCAUCAGUGUGUUAAAACUAAGGCUUGCAGCAAUCUCAUACAGCACAUACUGUUUGCACAUGGACAUUUGCCAGUUUUAUGAUUGUGUGAAGAAAACCAAUCCCAGAAUGUGUUUAAAAGGCCAUUCGAACAGUGUUAACCAGUUUUCUGGUGUCUUAACUGAUUUUCCUGCAGGUGAAAGGUUUUACUACACAGCAGUACAGCAGUACAGUACUACAGACGGAACAAAGCAAGUGUUGAAUGACAUGUCUGGUGUAGAAAAGGGACUUCUGUCAAGAAAUCCAGAACUGUAACCCACCUGCAUUUUAGUAGAGUUUUGUUUUAAAACUACUUUUGACUCUUGACUUUUGAAAAAGUUGUGUAUUUUUCUGAAAAAUUGUCUUUGUCUAAAAUAUUUGUGUAAGCAUGAGGAAUUUAGUGAUUUGUCUGCUAUUAACUUGUAGCUGUGCUUGUCAAUGUGAACAGUAGUAAACAAAACUCGGACAGAAA